CUGCAAUUCUGCUCAGGCAUAUGCACAGGCGCCUUGGGGUCCUUCUCUCUUUUCCACAUCCCUGUGAGUCCUGUAGCCAAGAUGAAUGAGACAGUGACCAUCAGAACCAGGAAGUUUAUGACAAACCGCCUGCUUCAAAGAAAGCAAAUGGUUGUGGAUGUGCUGCACCCUGGCAAAGCAACUGUUCCCAAAACAGAAAUCAGGGAAAAACUGGCAAAACUUUACAAAACCACACCAGAUGUUGUAUUUGUCUUUGGCUUCAGAACUCAGUUUGGUGGUGGUAAAACAACAGGCUUUGCUAUGGUAUAUGAUUCAUUGGACUACGCAAAGAAAAAUGAACCAAAAUACAGGCUAGCCAGACAUGGACUUUAUGAGAAAAAGAAAACCUCCAGAAAACAGCGUAAAGAAAGAAAGAACAGAAUGAAGAAAGUCCGGGGUACAGCAAAGGCUAGUGUUGGUGCUGUCGGCAAAAAGAAAUGAAGUUUCUUUAGAAGUGAGACAAGAUGUUCUGGGAAUUCCUUAUCUUUGAAGAUAAUGUUCAUUUUUGUCUACAAUUAAAAUUGCUUAAAAAUG